CCAACUUCCGAAGUUCCCCAACGACUCCGCUGAAGGGCUAGUUGCCUGCGCUGGAGGCUCUUCUCCCCAAAGGCACAUUCCAGAAGAUUCACCUUCUUGCAACUGAAAAGGAAUCCCGGAUCCCAUACCUAAACCAGUGAACCGUUCCCCUUGAACAAUGGGUGAUAUGUUCUCCCAGCUGGGCUGUCAGAAAGAUGAAAUCAAGUCAAUACUGCCCCCCAACUCGGCCAUUGGUGAUACAGCUCCCAGCUAUUCCAGCUUUGGAAGCAGCAAAUCUUUUUGUUCCUGUGUGCCUGCUAGUGCCAAAUUUGUGCCCUGCCCUACCUGCCAAGGCAGUGGGAAAAUCCCCCAAGAGCUGGAGGAGCAGCUGGUGGCCCUCAUCCCCUAUGGGGACCAGAGGCUGAAGCCCAGACACACGAAGCUCUCUGUGUUCCUGGCAGUGUUCAUCUGCCUGAUGACUUCCUCCUCUAUCAUCUUUUUCCUGUUUCCCCGGUCCAUCGGUGUGCAGCCUGCAGGCCUCAACUCCUCCACCGUGGCCUUUGAUGAGUCUGACAUCCACCUCAACAUGACGAGUAUCUUGAAUAUCUCCAAUACCAACUACUACCCCAUCACUGUGACCCAGCUGACCAUCGAGGUUCUGCACCUGUCCCUUGUGGUAGGACAAGUUUCCAACAGUCUCUUCCUACACAUCGGCCCUUUGGCCAGUGAACAGGUGUUUUAUGCAGUAGCCAGCAGAAUACAGGAUGAAAACACAUACAAAAUCUGUACCUGGCUGAAAAUCAAAGUCCACCAUGUACUUUUGCACAUCCAGGGCACCUUGACCUGGUCCCACCUGAGCCAUUCAGAGCAGCUGGUCUUUGACAGCUAUGAAUAUGUGGACUGCCGGGGAAACAUGUCAGUGCCACACCUGUUGAUCCCUCACCCACCGUGACCCGACUGCCGUCCCUGUACCCUGGGCACCUGUAAACCUGGUCCACAUCUCCCACAACUCCACAGUGCCCCAAGAAGGACUGC